GCCCGCUUCUCCUCCCAUCCUCCCCGUUGUCUCGCUGCAAGUUUCGCAAGACGAAAUGACUACAUCUCAGAAGGCCCCAGAGGCCCCAGAGGCAGGGCCCUCUCAGGAGGCCCCUGCUCGUGAGCCGUUCUCCUCCCUCGAGCUCUCGGAAGCUACUUCAAAAGGCCUCGCCGACAUGGGCCUCUCGACUAUGACAUCCAUUCAGGCCAAGUCGAUCCCUCCCCUCCUUGCAGGACGAGACGUUCUUGGCGCAGCUCGUACAGGAUCUGGCAAGACGCUCGCUUUUCUCAUACCUUGUGUGGAGUUGCUGCAUAGGAUGAAGUUCAAGCCUCGGAAUGGUACUGGCAUUAUCAUCGUCAGUCCGACACGAGAACUGGCCCUGCAGAUCUUUGAGGUCGCCAGAGAUUUGAUGGCCUAUCACUCUCAAACGUUCGGUGUGGUCAUGGGAGGUGCAAAUCAGCGUGCGGAGUCUGAGAAGCUUCAGAAAGGGGUGAACUUGCUUGUGGCAACCCCUGGACGGUUACUUGAUCAUCUGCAGAACACGAAGGGAUUUGUAUUCCGAAAUUUGAAAGCUCUCGUCAUUGAUGAAGCGGACCGUAUAUUGGAGGUCGGAUUCGAAGAGGAGAUGAAAAGGAUCAUAUCGAUCUUGCCAAACGAAAAUCGGCAGUCUAUGCUGUUCUCUGCAACUCAAACAACCAAGGUAAAUGACCUUGCACGAAUGUCACUCCGACCAGGCCCCCUGCACAUCGACGUGGACGGGGAGGAAACGACGAGUACCGUCUCCACUCUCUCGCAAGGCUACGUUGUGUGCCCGUCCGAACGCCGUUUCCUCCUCCUCUUCACCUUUCUCAAAAAGAAUCUCAAGAAGAAAGUUAUUGUUUUCUUCUCGAGUUGCAACUCUGUCAAAUACCAUGGCGAGCUGUUAAAUUACAUUGAUAUCCCUGUGUUGGAUCUUCACGGAAAGCAAAAACAACAAAAACGGACGAAUACAUUCUUCGAGUUCAAGAACGCAGAGUCUGGCAUCCUUCUUUGCACGAACGUCGCUGCUCGUGGGCUUGAUAUUCCUCGGGUGGACUGGAUUGUGCAGUUCGAUCCGCCAGACGACCCUCGCGAUUACAUCCAUCGUGUCGGUCGUACAGCGCGUGCGGGUAAAGUCGGCAAGAGUCUGCUCUUCUUGCUUCCGAGCGAACUGGGCUUCUUGAGGUAUCUGAAGCAGGCCAAGGUCCCUCUGAAUGAGUACACCUUCCCCGCCGAACGCAUUGCAAAUGUCCAGAGUCAGCUUGAGAAGCUACUCCAGAAGAACUACUUCCUCCACCAGUCUGCUAAAGAUGGUUUCCGCUCAUACCUGCAGUCAUAUGCAUCGUACUCGCUGAAGAAGAUCUUCGACAUCAACGCUCUGGACCUGGCGAAAGUCGGGAAGGCGUUCGGCUUCUCGGUUCCUCCGCGGGUGAAUGUCAACCUUGGAGGCGGUAAGGCGCCAUCUGGGACGAAGCGUCGGAGAGGCGAUUUGGACGAUGAAGAGGAGGAGGUGUGGGAGGACAUGCCGCUGGGAGAGGGCGCCGAUGACGAUGACGCCGAGGCGGUUAUGGAUGAGGAGGAGGGUCAGCAGCACGAAUCGAAACGGGGUGCUGGGAAGGCACGGCGGAUUGAGACGCUGGGAAAGAAGGCGGUAGAGAAGGAGAAGUAUCGGAAGGGUAAGGAGCGGAAACAGAUGAAGCAGUCAGGCGUGCAAUGGAGUCAGUAGUGGUAUAGGGCUACAACAUCGGCACUAUAUUAGUGAUUUUACGCAUUUCUUGUCGUUCUGGUUUUUAUGCAUGCAGUCGUCAAAAGUUC